AUUCGCGCCCUCGCCGGCCGCCGCGGCGCAGGCGGGGCACGGCUUGGACUACAGCCAGGACCUGCACCUGAAAAUGAGCAAGAAAAUCGCGCAGCUCACCAAGGUUGGUCUCUUCACCAAGCUGCAUGAGAACAAAUACCAUGUAUAUGCAUCCAGGUCACAGUUGUGUUUACUGUGCCAAUUAUAGAUUUUGGCACAUAGCAGGUGCCAUAUAUUUUUGCUGAAGGGAAGAAUAAAUGAAUUGACCACCAAAGAUUUGCCAGUAAGCUAUCAAACUUUAACAAGGUAAUAUAUGCUUUAAACACUAAAAAUGAUGAGCAUGAAUCUGCAAUUCAAGCCCUCAAAGAUGCUCAUGAGGAAGAAAUCCAACAGAUUCUUGCAGAAACAAGAGAAAAAAUACUGCAGUAUAAAAGCAAAGUAACAGAGGAGUUAGACCUUAAGAGAAAGAUUCAGGUUUUAGAAGCAUCAUUAGAAGAUCACAUAAAAAUGAAGCAGCAGGCUUUGACAGAAUUUGAAGCUUAUAAGCACAGAGUUGAGGACAUGCAACUUUGUGCAGAAGCCCAGCAUGUCCAACGCAUAGUAACCAUGUCUAGAGAGGUUGAAGAAAUUAGAAGGAAAUUUGAGGAAAGAUUACGGAGUUUUGGACAACUCCAGGUACAGUUUGAAAAAGACAAACGUUUGGCAUUGGAAGAUUUGCGAACUGCUCACAGACGGGAGAUCCAAGAGCUGUUGAAGUCACAGCAGGGUCACAGUGUCUCGGUCAGUAAAGGGCAGGAGAAAGCGGAGGAGCUGCACAGGGUGGAGGUGGAGUCCUUAAACAAAACACUGGAAGAACUCAGACUUGAACGGAAAAAGCUAAUUGAGGAUUAUGAAGGCAAGUUGAAUAAAGCUCAGUCCUUUUAUGAGCAUGAGCUUGAUACUUUGAAAAGGUCACAGCUUUUUACAGCGGAAAGCCUACAGGCUAGCAAAGAAAAGGAAGCUGAUCUUAGAAAAGAAUUUCAGGGACAAGAAGCAAUUUUACGAAAAACCAUAGGAAAACUAAAGACAGAGUUACAGAUGGUGCAGGAUGAAGCUGGAAGUCUUCGUGACAAAUGCCAAAAGCUUCAGAUAGCACUUGUUACAGCAGAGAACAGUGUUCAGGUUCUUCAAAAACAGCUUGAUGAUGCCAAGGAGGGGGAGAUGGCCUUGCUAAGCAAGCACAAGGAAGUGGAAAGUGAGCUAGCAGCAGCCAGAGAACGUUUACAACAACAGGCUUCAGACCUUGUCCUCAAAGCUAGUCAUAUUGGAAUGCUUCAAGCAACUCAGAUGACCCAGGAGGUUACAAUUAAGGAUCUAGAAUCAGAAAAAUCAAGGGCCAAUGAGAGAUUAUCUCAGCUUGAAGCAGAAAGAGCUUUUUUGCAAAGCAAAACUCAGAGUCUUGAUGAAGAGCAGAAGCAGCAGAUUUUGGAACUGGAGAAGAAAGUAAAUGAAGCAAAGAAAACUCAGCAAGAAUAUUAUGAGAUGGAGCUAAAAAACCUGCAGAAUAGAUUGGAAGGGGAGGUAGCUCAAUUAAAUGAGGCUCAUUCUAAGACUUUGGAAGAAUUAGCUUGGAAGCACCAUAUGGCAAUUGAGGCUGUCCACAGUAAUGCAGUUAGGGAUAAGAAAAAACUGCAAGUGGAAUUGGAGGAACAGUAUAAAAAAGAGAAACUGAACCUGGAAGAGGAUAAAAGUCAACUUCAACAGGAACUGGAAAACCUGAAGGAAGAGCUGGAAGACAAACUAAAUACAGCCAAUCAAGAGAUUGGCCGCCUCCAAGAUCUAGUGAGGAAAAGUGAACAAGGUCUUGGCUCUGCAGAAGGCCUCAUUGCUAGUCUUCAGGACUCCCAGGAGAGACUUCAGAAUGAGCUCGACUUGACUAAAGGCCGGCUGAAGGACACCAAAGAUGCUCUAUUAAAUGUUGAGGGUGAGCUAGAACAAGAAAGGCACCAGCAUGAAGAAACACUUGCUGCCAUGAAAGAGGAAGAGAAGCUCAGAGUGGACAGAAUGGCCCAUGACUUAGAAAUAAAAUGGACUGAAAACCUUAGACAGGAGUGUUCUAAACUUCGUGAAGAGCUAAGACUUCAACAUGAAGAAGAUAAGAAGUCAGCAAUGUCUCAACUUUUGCAGUUAAAGGAACGAGAGAAAAAUGCAGCCAGGGAUUCAUGGCAGAAGAAAGUAGAAGAUCUCUUAAACCAGCGGCACUCUCUGGGUGAAGCUUUGCAUAAAUCUAUCAACAAUAUUUCCUUGCUGAAACAGAAUCUGGAGAUGCAGCUUUCCCAGUCUCAGACUUCUUUGCAGCAGCUGCAAGCCCAAUUUACACAAGAACGACAACGACUUACACAAGAGCUUGAAGAAUUAGAGGAGCAACAUCAACAGAGACAUAAAUCUUUAAAAGAAGCACACGUCCUUGCAUUUCAAACUAUGGAAGAAGAAAAGGAAAAGGAACAAAGAGCUCUUGAAAAUCAUUUACAACAAAAACAUUCUGCAGAGCUUCAGUCAUUAAAAGAUGCACACAGAGAGUCAAUGGAGGGCUUCCGGAUAGAAAUGGAACAGGAACUUCAGACUCUUCGGUUUGAAUUAGAAGAUGAAGGAAAGGCUAUGCUUGCCUCCUUACGCUCAGAACUAAACCAUCAACAUGCAGCUGCAAUUGAUUUGUUACGGCAUAGUCAUCAUCAAGAAUUGGCAGCUGCUAAAAUGGAAUUAGAGCGAAGUGUAGACAUCAGCAGAAGACAGAGUAAGGAACAUAUGUGUAGGAUAACAGAUCUACAAGAGGAAUUAAGGCACAGAGAACAUCACAUCUCAGACUUGGAUAAGGAGGUACAGCACCUUCAUGAAAAUAUAAGUGCCCUAACCAAAGAAUUGGAAUUUAAGGGGAAAGAAAUUCUCAGAAUACGAAGUGAAUCUAACCAACAGAUGAGGUUGCAUGAACAAGAUUUAAACAAGAGACUUGAAAAAGAGCUGGAUGUCAUGACAGCAGACCACCUCAGAGAGAAAAAUAUCAUGCGGGCAGAUUUUAAUAAGACUAACGAGCUACUCAAGGAAAUAAAUGCAGCUUUACAAGUGUCACUAGAAGAAAUGGAAGAAAAAUACCUAAUGAGAGAAUCAAAACCAGAAGAUAUACAGAUGAUUACAGAAUUAAAAGCCAUGCUUACCGAAAGAGACCAAGUCAUAAAGAAACUAAUUGAGGAUAAUAAAUUUUAUCAGCUGGAAUUAGUCAAUCGAGAAACUAACUUCAACAAAGUGUUUAACUCAAGCCCUACUGUUGGUGUUAUUAAUCCAUUGACUAAGCAAAAGAAGAAGAAUGAUAAGUCACCAACAAACAGGUUUGUGAGUGUUCCCAAUCUAAGUGCUCUGGAAUCUGGUGGAGUGGGCAAUGGACAUCCUAACCGCCUGGACCCCAUUCCUAAUUCUCCAGUCCACGCUAUUGAGUUCAACAGCGGCAAACCACUUCCACAGCCAGUGCCACCCAAAGAGCCCAAGACAUUUUUGAGUCCUCCUCAGAGUGAAGCUUCCCCGGUGGCUUCUCCAGAUCCCCAGCGCCAGGAGUGGUUUGCACGGUACUUCACGUUCUGAAAGAACUGUGUUGGCAACAGCUCUGUGUGGACUAUUACUAAGAGCAUGACCUUAUACAAACCAUUAUGUGAACAGGCUUUCCUAUGUCAGACACUGUGAAUGAGAAAGUAUUUGUCUAAUUUGAAAAUACACUAUUUCCUGUGCUAUUUAUUGGAAUCACUCUACUAUAUUAUGUGUGUAAUUAUAACAGUUAUUUUUAUUUGAGAUGGAAGAGUCUUUAACCUUUAUAAUUACUGCAUAAUAAAUUUUGUUAGAACAAA